CCACCCCCACCCCCACCACCACCACCACUCUGUCUCCUCCAGGUCUUUGUCAUCAGCCUGGCCCGCAGGCCCAACCGCCGAGAGCGCAUGCUGAGCUCGCUCUGGGAGAUGGAGAUCUCUGGGCGGGUAGUGGACGCUGUGGAUGGCAGGAUGCUCAAUAGCAGUAUCCUCAGGAGCCUUGGCGUGGACCUGCUUCCUGGCUACCAGGACCCCUACUCGGGUCGCACACUGACCAAGGGUGAGGUGGGCUGCUUCCUCAGCCACUACUCCAUCUGGGAAGAGGUAGUGGCCAGGGGUUUGGCCCGGGUGCUGGUAUUUGAGGACGACGUGCGCUUUCAGAGCAACUUCCGGGGGCGACUGAAGCAGCUGAUGGAGGAGGUGGAGGCCCGGAAGCUUCCGUGGGACCUCAUCUACCUUGGCCGAAAGCAGGUGAACCCUGAGGAGGAGGUGGCUGUGGAGGGACUACCAGGCCUGGUGGUGGCAGGGUACUCCUAUUGGACACUGGCAUAUACUCUGAGCCUGGCAGGCGCCCGCAAGCUGCUGGCUUCCCAGCCUCUACACCGCAUGCUGCCUGUGGACGAGUUCCUGCCCAUCAUGUUUGACCAGCACCCCAAUGAGCAGUACAAGGCACACUUCUGGCCAAGGGACCUGCAGGCCUUCUCUGCCCAGCCCCUGCUCGCUGCCCCCACCCACUAUGCAGGGGACGCUGAGUGGCUCAGUGACACAGAGACAUCCUCUCCUUGGGACGAUGACAGUGGCCGCCUCAUCAGCUGGACUGGCUCUCAAAAGACCCUGCGUGGCCCUGUCCUGGAUCUGGCUGGUAGCAGUGGGCACAGCCUCCAUCCCCAGCCCCGGGAUGAGCUCUAGGUCCAAACAGUGACUCCAAAGGAGUGCAUAGGAGCAGAGGUAUUGCUGGCAGGAGCUGCGCCCAGAAGCCACAAAGCCAGAGAGAUCUGGCUGUCACCUUAGACUUGGCCACUCUGCCUCUGGACCAGUCUAGGUUGGGAGAAACCACUCAGAAAUGGAUCCUGUUUCCCAGAGGUCACUUGGCAAAAGGGUAGGAUUCAAAGACUCCUGACCCUGCUGGGCCUGGCUCAUAGCCCCAGGUAGAGGGACAGAGGGGGCUCCUCAGCUCUCAGUUUCAUGGUGGGCAGAUUCCUGGAUCCCUGCCCUCCCUAAAGACUCAGCCACUGGUCUCUUCUGUCCCUUCUACCUCCACAUCAACAGCGUCCCCUGCUCAACACCUGGGUCUCACCAGCACCUUCUUUCCUGGCAAUGGGAAGUUCAGGGAGGUGGAAGUGGGAGGUAGAGCCCUGCAGACCUGGUGUUAAGCACAGAGUAACCUCAAUAAAAGCCAGAUGUAUUUGCACUUUA